UUUUUUUUUUUUCAUUUUUUCGAUUGUCUCUCGUUUCUUUGUCAAGUCAAGAGCGGGCGGAGGCACGACGCGUUACACUCGACGUCGCGUCGAGUUGAUCGCUCGUGCCGCACGAAAUUCUUUGUUUUCUCUAAUCACAAUAUUUUUCGACUGUUCAAGGAUCGACUCAUGAGUUUUUCCUUGAGUGAUAUAACUGAGCCUCUCUGAACCUUGACCAAUCGUCACGUAAAACUCUUUUUUUCUCUCUCUCUCUCUCUUUCUCUCUCUCUCUAUCUCUCUCUCUUUCGUUUCGGAUCCCCGCAUCGUCGGCGUCGGUCGGAUUCGAACCGUGGCUCGAUUUCGACGUCGAUCGAGUCCAACGAGUCGAGACCGGAAUACCGCGCGUAUUCGUUCUCUGCCUUUCUUUUUUUUUUUUUUCCCCCGUUUUUUAUAAUUAACCACGCGAUCGAUCGCGUACGGCGCGCACUCCUGCCGUAAAAGCUGACAAAUCGAAUUAACCCGUAGCUCGAAUUUCAAUGAACCUGCCAACGGAUACUCGCGACCAUUUCCGACUCGCGGACCCGAUCGCGACCCUUGCGGUCGAUCCCGAUCUUCCGACGACCAGCGAUCGACGAUAUUUUCCUACCCCGUGUGUCUUUCUCUUCUCUUUUUGUUUCUCUCUCUUUUUUCUUUUUGUUUCUUGUUUUUUCUCCCCCUCUUCCUCCCCUAUAACUGAGUGUUAUACAGUCCCCGGGGCUCCGCCUCGCAAUGUAAGCGGAGAAGCGAUCAGCCCGACCUCCAUAUUGGUAACAUGGGAACCACCGCCUGCCGAUCGAUCGAACGGGAGGAUCGCGUACUACAAGCUGCAAGUGGUCGAGAGCGGACGCUCCGACUCGGAGGCGAAAGUUAUCAAACUGAAUGACACGCGAUUCGUGUUGGACGAACUGAAAAAAUGGACCGAGUACCGGAUUUGGGUAUUGGCCGGGACCAGCGUAGGUGACGGACCUCCGAGUUAUCCUAUCUCGGUCAGAACUCACGAGGACGAUCCAAAAAUGCCGGGUCAUCCUCAAAACGUGACCGUAACACCGAUCAAUUCCACUACGAUAUACGUGAAAUGGAGACCGCCCACGUCAAAGGAACAAAACGGUGUGAUAAGAGGCUAUCACAUACACGUGCAAGAAAUAAGAGAAGAGGGAAAGGAUCUACUGAAUGAGCCGAUACGACGCGACGUGCGAGAAGACGUGCUAGAAGUGAACAUCACCGGGUUACAACCAGACACCACGUAUUCCGUACAAGUAGCCGCCCUAACGAGAAAGGGGGAUGGUGAUCGUUCGCCACCAGAAACCGUCAGAACUCCCGGAGGUGUACCUAACAGGCCUCAUGUUAACGUCAAGCUUUUGUCCAAAGAUCCUGACGUGGUUGAACUCGAAUGGUCGCAACCUACACAAACGUACGGCGAUGUGCUGGGCUACAGGAUAAGGUAUGGAAUCAAGAACCAAACGCUCAAGGAAGAAUACAUUCCAGGGAAUCGUCAACAUACUUACAAAAUCACCGAUCUUGAGGAACGAGGCGUGGACUACGAGUUCAGAGUGUCUGGUCAAAAUGCGAUCGGGUUCGGACAGGAGACGGUGCGAUUCUGGUACAGCCCUGAAGGGGAGCCAACUGGUCCACCGACCAACUUAUCGUACUUCUUCCAAACUCCGGACACGGUGUGCGUUACGUGGGAUCCGCCGUUGCGACAGCAUAGAAACGGCCAGAUAACCGGUUACGACGUGCAAUUCAACAAGAAGAACGAUCACUCUACGACCAUCGACAGGAACACAACCAAGACCAGAGCGGUUUUCACGAAUCUGGAGGAAAACACGGAGUACGUGUUUCACGUGAGAGCGCACACGUCCAGAGGGAGUGGCCCGUACUCGGAGAAGAUCACGAUCAUAACGGAGAAAGACAUCGGUCGUGCACCGAUGUCGGUAAAAGCGGUGGCCACGUCGGACACCAGCGUGGAAGUUUGGUGGGAGCCAGUACCUAAUCGUGGAAAGAUCCUCGGCUAUCAGAUAUUUUAUACGACGACUGCUGUCGAGGACUUGGACGAGUGGAAGCAAAAGAGUGUUGGCCUUACCGAGUCGGCGGAGCUGGUCAACUUGGAGAAAUUCACUCAGUAUGCGAUCACGGUUGCUGCGCGAUACAAGAGCGGCCUCGGGAGGCUUAGCGAGAAGGUAACGGUGAAGGUGAAGCCGGAAGACGUGCCUUUGGAUCUGAGGGGGCCGGACUCGUCCACACACUCCAUGACUCUAUCUUGGAAACCGCCUAUCAAGCUAAACCCCAUGAACUACAAAGUGUCGUUCGACGCUGUCAAAGAGUUCGUCGAUUCUCAAGGUAUCACGCAAACGCAGAUCGUCCCCCGCAGACAGAUUCUAUUGGAUCCGAGCGUGACCACGACCACGAUAAACGAGCUGCAACCGUUCACCACGUACAAUGUGAACGUAAGCGCCGUGCCGCGAGACGGCCAAUACAGGCCACCGGCUAAAAUCACUAUCACCACGCAAAUGGCGGCUCCGAAGCCUAUGGUCAAGCCUGAUUUCUACGGUGUGGUUAACGGGGAGGAGAUCCAAGUGAUUCUGCCACAGGCAUCCGAGGAGUACGGAUCGAUUUCGCAUUACUACUUGAUCGUUGUGCCUGAAGACAAAUCGACAGCUGACAAGCAACCCGAUGAACUGACCGAAGACAUGAUCGCGGGUAAAGGUGCCAAGGAACGAGAGAAUGCUCCUUAUAUCGCUGCCAAGUUUCCCCAUAGAGACAUACCAUAUACAUUCCACCUUGGCAGCGGAGAUAUAUACGAAGGUUAUGAAAAUCGAAAGCUUGAGAAAGGUAAACGGUACAGGAUCUUUGUGCGUGCUGUUGUCGACACGCCGAGGAAGCAUUUAUAUACAUCGUCACCUUUCUCCGAGUACCUGUCUCUCGAUAUGAGGGAAGUACCACCUGGCGAGCCACCUCGACGUCCUAAUCCGAAUACUCCAGUGGAUGGAAAUCCAGAAGUGUCCGUAAAAACAAGUGGACAGGAAGCAGGAAUGGUGUGGGUGGUCGGUCCAGUGAUAGCUGCUCUAAUGGUCAGCGUAUUCCUCGUCCUUCUUUUCGUUAUCAAAAAACGAAGACAACCUUGCAAAGCACCGGACCAAGCAGCCGUCACUCGACCACUAAUGGCCGCUGACAUCAGUUCGAACCACGCUCCAUCCGACCCUGUCGAGAUGCGCCGUUUGAAUUUCCAAACGCCUGGCAUGGCAUCUCAUCCUCCGAUUCCAAUCAGCGAACUGGGAAACCACAUCGAGCGUUUAAAAGCGAAUGACAAUCUAAAAUUCAGUCAGGAGUACGAAUCGAUCGAGCCUGGACAACAAUUCACUUGGGACCACUCCAACAUGGAAGUGAACGCUUCGAAGAAUCGUUACGCGAACGUGAUCGCCUACGAUCAUUCGAGAGUGAUUCUGCAAACUAUCGACGGUAUGUCGGGCACGGACUACAUAAACGCAAAUUACUGCGAUGGAUACAGGAAGCAAAACGCGUACGUAGCUACGCAAGGGCCACUUCAAGAGACGUUCGGUGAUUUCUGGCGAAUGUGUUGGGAAUUAAGAUCGAGUACGAUCGUGAUGAUGACGAAGCUGGAAGAACGAACGAGGAUAAAAUGUGAUCAGUAUUGGCCUGGUAGAGGCUCCGAGACUUAUGGUCUGAUGACCGUAACCAUCACCGAUGUUCAAGAGCUGGCCACCUAUUGCAUCCGAACAUUCCAAAUAUCCAGAGCGGGCUACUCCGAAAGACGUGAAAUAAAACAGCUGCAGUUCACAGCUUGGCCCGAUCACGGUGUGCCUGAACAUCCUGCGCCGUUCCUGCAGUUCCUGCGUAGAGUCAGAUCCUUGAAUCCGCCAGACAGCGGGCCGCUAAUCGUUCAUUGUAGCGCUGGUGUUGGAAGAACAGGCUGCUUCAUCGUCAUCGAUUCGAUGCUCGAGAGAAUUAAGCACGAGAAGAUGAUCGACAUAUACGGCCACGUGACCUGUCUACGAGCCCAAAGGAACUACAUGGUCCAGACCGAAGAUCAGUACAUCUUCAUCCACGACGCGCUGUACGAGGCGGUGAUCUGCGGCAACACGGAAGUGCCUGCCAGAAACUUGCAUUCUCACAUUCAGAAGCUCAUGCAGCCAGAAAUCGACAAUAUCACUGGUAUGGAGCUGGAGUUCAAAAAGCUGUCCAACAUUAAAGUAGACUCGUCGCGAUUCAUCUCGGCAAAUCUUCCCUGCAACAAGCAUAAAAAUCGAUUGGUACACAUAUUACCGUACGAGUGUACCAGAGUGUGCCUGCAACCGCAACGCAACAUCGAAGGGUCCGAUUAUAUCAAUGCCAGUCUUAUAGACGGAUAUAGAUAUCGAGGUGCGUACAUUGCCACCCAAGGACCUCUGUGCGAUACUACAGAUGACUUCUGGCGUAUGUUGUGGGAGCACAAUUCUACAAUCGUGGUCAUGUUAACGAAAUUAAAAGAGAUGGGUAGAGAGAAAUGCCAUCAGUACUGGCCGUCCGAUAGGUCGAUUCGUUAUCAGUGCUUUGUAGUUGAUCCAAUCGCAGAGUAUAAUAUGCCUCAGUACAUUCUGCGAGAAUUCAAAGUGACGGACGCGAGAGACGGAGCGAGUCGUACAGUCAGACAAUUCCAGUUCAUCGACUGGCCUGAACAGGGUGUUCCAAAGUCCGGCGAUGGUUUCAUCGACUUUAUUGGACAAGUGCACAAAACGAAGGAACAGUUUGGUCAAGAUGGGCCGAUAACUGUACACUGUAGCGCUGGAGUUGGAAGAACAGGUGUCUUCAUCACACUGAGCAUUGUGUUGGAACGUAUGCAGUACGAGGGAGUCGUUGACAUCUUCCAAACAGUCAGAAUAUUGCGCACGCAACGACCUGCUAUGGUUCAAACAGAGGACCAAUACCAGUUCUGUUAUCGCGCAAGUUUGGAAUAUUUGGGUUCUUUCGAUCAUUACGCCAACUGACAAGCCGACACUCGCGACGAAAGAGAAUCGACAAGAGACAGAAGGGAUCGACAAAGAAACGACAGAGAGGUCAGUGAACGAGCAAAAGUGCGGCGCGUCUAGUACGAUGAAGUACACGAAGGACUUAUGUAAGUUUGUAAGUGUGUAGCCUGUAACCGUGGUCCCGGGCAAAACGUACCUUCCAAUGACAAAUACAGAGAUCGAAAGGCGAUAAAUUAUGAAACUCUCGAGCAGCUAACAACGGUAGUAUAAUCUAAUAUCUUUAUAGUCGAUGGUGGUGUCGCAGCACUUUCAAAAUACGCGUCGAAUCAAUUUUCAAAUUUCCCGCUGACAAUGAUGAGACAAGACUGCCGUCUAGAAUGUAAAGAACGGCUCAAAAAAAUUAUAGAUCAAACAAUCAUAUCUGUAGUAAUAUUCCUCUCACCGUCAUAUCAAAAUUUCCUUUUACUACAAUUUGAGAACGCAUAAAUAAACAUACACACGCCCGCGCGCACACAGGACAUUCCUCGACACGUACGUAAAUAUAUACGAGAAACGACAGCAUAACCGGACAUUUUCAAGCUACGAGUUAAAGGAAAUCGAAGGAGAAACCAUUUAUACAAAACGAGGAGAAAAAUAUCGUAAUCGAAAGAAAAAAAAAAAAAAAAGAAAAAAAAAGAAAACUAAAACAUAUCCAACUCGAGGAGAAUUUGGGAGACAUGUUCCGUUCAAUACGCCUCCCGAAUCGCUCGAGAAUGACGGCUACUUUAAAUAAUAAUAAGAAACUGACGGGAAUUAUUAAUUUACGAUCACAUGUCUCGCGAUUAAAACAUCAACAUAUACCACAAUAUUUUCGUUCGAAACUUUCCUAUUCGUUGAAGAACAGUGCUUCCAUAUUAGUGGGGAACGUAAAUAAUAAAACCUCUGAGGGUGAGCUACAUACUACAAGGCGCGAAACGCACCGCAUUACGAACGAGAAAAGUUUGAGAAGAUAGCACACGCGUGGCACGUUCCAAAAA